AUGCAGCCCUCGGAAUACCUCACUCGUCGUGAGCUCACAGAGCAAUACAAUAUUCACUUCCUCGGACCAGUGCAGCCUUGUCGCUGGCCAGAAACUCACCGCAGACUGUUUGCAGACGUACAGAAACUUGGUGACCAGAAAUUCGACUCUUAUGUCGAGAGUAUCACCGUCGACUCGAUUGACAAGCCAUGGAGAGCACGAACACAAUGGCGAGCGAAAAGACUUGCGGCGCUCGCGAAGAAGUAUCGCGGGGAAGGCCAUAGGGAGCGGGGUUGGAGGAAUAAUAUUGAACCUGAGGUAUUUCAGCGAUUUAGUGUUGAAGUUACCUGCCCCGAAUGUAGGUCAAGAUUGUGGGAAUCUGAAUUCAAUGCUGCCGUAGACAACUUGGAGCCAUUCGCAGAAUCAUUGGAAGAGCGUCGUUUGAAGAGGAGAGCUUGUGAAUGCCCUGAACAGCUGGGAAGUAAUAGCUACGAGCCUGGCAUCAACAUGAUCUUCUCAGACAGAUCCGAAGCAGCAAUCAAGCAUGUUCCCCCGUUGCCUAUCAAGAAGUCAAAUAGGAAUAAGCAGUCUAAAGAAGAGCCAGACAGGGUGUAUGGACUGAAACAAGCCGGGGACUUCAACUUCAUUCUAAACUCUGCCGCCAAAACAGACCCUUCCAAGCGCCUACGAGACACCAUAGAGAUCAGUCCGUUCUUUAACGAGCGGGAGCCUCUUCUAUUUCCUUUCCUAAUCAUGGAGGCCAAAUCCACUAAACAGGGUGAUACGGCCGCUGUCGAGUUACAGAGUGCCUUCUGCAUAAGACGGCUCCUGAGGCUGCAGCAAAAUCUCAAAGAAGCAGCGGGUGAAGAAACUCAAUGGAAAACGGGGCCGCUUUUAUGGUUCUUUCACUGGUAUGGCGAGCGUUGGAUAGUUGCUGGCUGUUUCGUGGAAAACGUCAAUGGGAGCGCACAUUGGUCUACCGUUGACUUGUGGAGUGGAAAUAUUUGCGAUCUUGACGGAGCGAUUCAGCUUCUUUUGAUUGUUGAUUACAUUUUUGACUGGGCUCGCGACGUUUACCGGCGAUCCAUCUUUAAUGAACUGAAUAUACUAGCCUCUGAUGAUAUCGCUGGUACGGUCCCCAUACCGGAUAUCUACUCUACGAUCGAAAGGUCAGUAUCUGCAUGGGUGGAUGAAGCAGAAAGGGAACGGCCAUCUCAGGAUUCAAAUGCUUUCUACGAGCAAGCUACCACUGAUGACACGGUUCCUGAAUUUUUGAAUCUGAUUCAUCCUCAGGGAGUAGUUCGUGACGCGUCUAUCAUUGAGUCAAAGUUUCUUGCGCUACAUAUCGCCGUGGAUAAUGUUGAGAGCUUUUUACUUUCGUUCCCCACAGUUGAAAGUUCAUACAAGGCCAUCCAGGUUAUUCUACAGUAUAUGCAGGAUGCGUGGCGGAUGGAUGCCAGUACUCUUCAAGAACUGGAAACUCACUGGACCGGCAAUGACCGCGGAUAUUCUGAUGAUCAAGAAAUAUUCUAUGCACGAGUUGUAGUCCUCAUGCACAUUGGACCCGAAUGGCAACCCGUCCGAUUGAUCACAUAUCUCGCUGUCUCAGAGGCGGCUUUGAAGAUGAUGGCUAGUAAACUGGCGACAAAUCCAAUGUCUAAUUUCUUUGAUUCCAAUUUCAAGGUUGCUGUUAAGUCCCAUAUUUCCAAGCAAUCGCUCCUCAGACGCAUUGACAUGUUCAAGGAACAUUCAAUUGUCGACAAUUUGACUGCAGCUGUAUACACCAUGUGUCUGUCUAGUACGAUACACCGACGUGGCGGAAGGAUCAAGAACGAAUUUUCCCUAAACCGACGUGCGCCGUUCUUCGGGUUUGUCCAGGACAAUGCACCCGGCGUGCUCGAUAUGGUGACCACGGUCUAUGAGUCACAUAAAAUCGGCCGUAAACAGCCCACAGACUCAUAUUUACGUUAUUCAUGUAUCCGGACCAAGCAAACCAGACAGUUCGGGAGUAUCCGGAUGUGGACUCACCUUGAGCCCCUAUUCGUUCAUUAUACGGGGUGUAUCUUGGUCGAUGGACUUCAUCAAAACGGCAACAUACCCAAAAGGUGUCUAUAUACUGUCGAUGGUUCAUGCGAAAUGGAAGUAGUACCUGAACUGCUUGAUCGCUUGUCACAACAAGGACGUUACUACAGUACAGUGCCGUUAGACCCGGGGACUCGGCUUGGAGAAUACUUUGGCUUUCUGAAUCAGCAAAGUCAGGCAAUUGGAUUUUGGAACCAGAAUAGAGAUCCGGAGUCUAUUGCAGUUUGGCUGGAAUUCUUGAGCAGACAAGAUACAAGCAAGUCAAAGCAGCAGCCGAUAGUGAUUGUUUUAGACGACGAACCCACCACCGAAGUUCAUGAACAAGAUGUGGAUAUGGCAUGA